AUGUCCCAAAAAGUCUGGACCCGCCGGAAUCCCGUAGGCUUUGGCCUGGAGAAGUCCCUCGAGGCCGUUCGAAGCCCCGGUGCCGCCCCUGUUCACAUCCCGUCUCCGCCCCGCGAUGUCGAAGUUCUCAAAGAGGAUGGGGACUCUUUCACCCUUUCAUCCUUCACAUACGAAGACGCCUUUGAACUCGGUCACCUCCUGCACGCGCGCCUCCUCCCCUUCGCCCUCAGUAAUGGCAAGCCCACGCUGGUUUCCAUCGCUCUGGCCAACAGCCAGCAAAUCAUUUUCCAGACGUCCGUCGGGCCCGGCACCCUCCCCGAUAACGAGAUCUGGGUACAGCGCAAACGCAACAGCGUACUGCGAUGGGGAUGCAGCACGUGGCUACUCCACAACAAGAUGGGCGGCGAUGAGAAGCUUUUCGCAUCAAAGUCUGGCAUGAGCCGGGAGCAGGCCAGCAAGUACGCGAUCCACGGUGGCGGCGUGCCGAUUCGUGUCCAGGGUGUUGAGGGUGUCGUCGCUGUCGUGGUUGUGAGUGGGCUGAAGCAGGACGAGGACCACGGUGUCAUUGUGGAUGUCAUCAAGAGUAACUGGCAAUGCUGCGCGUGA